GAAUCCGCGAACGGCCUCUUGUUUACGUUUAUGGAGACGUCGCUGAGGAAAAAGAUACUACAUUUUGAAACACAGGAAGAUACAAAGAAAAGGUUCCGGGGGGAUAGAGACAACAUUAUUAUCUAAAACCCUAUAAAAGAGGAUCUUGGUGAAGACAGGGUCCGGCGCCAGGGAAUUUGGAUCAGCAGCUGUGCAUUUUCCACGAUGGGAGGGGGAGAUCUUAAUUUGAAAAAAUCAUGGCAUCCAAGCACUCUGAAGAACCAGGAACGAGUAUGGAAGGCAGAACAGCAGAAAGCAGAAGAGGACCGCAAAAUGGCAGAAUUACAGCGGGAGCUAAAGGAAGAAAGAGCAAGGGAAUUGCUCCAAAGAACAGCAGAAGAAUCUGGGGCUGUGGAAAAGAAGGGAGAUGCAAAGCUUGACUGGAUGUAUAAGGGCCCUGGUGGACAUGUGAGUCGUGAAGAGUACCUGCUUGGACGCAAGAUUGACACUGCCUUUGACCAGAUGGUAAAGAUGGAAAAAGAGGAGGGAAGGGAAGACACAAGCAGUGUGAAUGAAGCUCCUCAGAGCAGUAAACCAGCUUACACAAUAGAGCAUGAGAUCAACCCUGAGUCAGUAGUACGUCGGGAUGGAAACAUGCAGGUAGACAUGAAAAGGAAACUUAUGGAGGAUCCUCUUCUGCUGAUCCGUCAGAAUGAAGAAGCCACCAGACGUCAAAUUACAGACAAUCCAGUGAAGAUGAAACAACUUCAGCAACUUAUAUCAGCAAUAAAGACAAAGAAAAAGAAAAGGCACACAAGUAGCAGCUCUAGCAGUGAAAGCAGCAGCAGUAGCAGUGAUUCAUCCGAUUCAGAAGAUGAGAAAAGGAAGAAGGAAAAGAGAAAGAAAAGGAAAGAUAAGAGGAAGAAGAAAAAGAAGAGCAAAAAGAAGAAAGCAGCUAGUGAAAGUGAAAGCAGUGAUAGCUCAGAUGAGGAAAAGAAAAGAAAGCAGAAGAAAAAGGAAAAGAAGGCCAAAAAGAAUUCUGAAAAGAAGAAAUCUAAGAAGAAGGAAGAAUCAGAAAGUGAACAAGAUAUGAGUAAUAAACACAAUAGUUAUUCAAACAGAGGAACUGAGACCUUGAUGCAAAAAGGUUAUGGAAGAAGCACUGAGAAAGAGCGUAGUCCAGGCCGAGGAGCAAGGAAGUCCAUUAAGCACCGAGAUACUGGGAGAGGAGAUAGUUAUGUGGAAAUGAGAACAGAGAGGAACAGAGAACUGGAUAGAGAUAGAGAGGAGAUGAGGAGAGGGAGCAGGGAUAGACGAAGAGAAAGAAGCAAUGAAUUUGCAUCAGACCGACGAGGUAGAAGUAGAGAUAGGAGUAGGGAAAGAGGAAGAAGGGAAGAAAGAUUCAGAAAGUCCAGAGGCCAUAGCAAGAGCAGGAGCAGAAGUAGGGAUAGAGACCAGGAAAGUUCAAGAGAGGGAGCACCUAAUGGGCAUCAUAGGCAUGGGGGCAAGCCUAAGCUGACUGCCAAAGAAAUGGAAAAGAAAAGACAAGAGAUGAUGGAUGCUGCAAGGAAGCGAGAUCAGGACAGGAAGGAUAACAUCCAGCGCUAUGAGGAAGAGCGGAAGAGAGAGGAAAAGAUGGAGGAAAAUGCAGAGAAGUUUUUAAGAAGCCACGUGCUGAGUGCAUCAACCAGUUCCAUCCAGGACCGAGUGAAGUCGCGCAUAGGGUCACUUCAGAAAGGUGGAGGCCACAUGGAUUCCAAUUUUUUGCGUAAGUAAGUAAAAUAACAAAAAUUUCAAUAUUUUUAAAUGUUUGGAGUAAUAAAAAGGUUAUGGCAGAUUGUGCUACACUGACUGUGCUGAAAGGUACUUCAUCCUAUUAUAUUGACAAAUUGUACUAGAUUAUAAUUAAUUUUUUUAUUGUACUCUGCAUGAUGUCCAGAGGAAUUUGCAAUUAUUAUUUGAAACUUGACCUAUCAUAUUGCCAAUUUUACUGACUUUGUUUAAUGUUUUUAUUUUUUCUAAAAGUGUUUAUAUGUAUGCAAUUAAAAAAGAACAUGAG